ACAGGUUGCUAUGAAGUUGGUGGAGAUGACACGUCAGCUGCCUGGAAAAACAAAAACUGCAAUACCUGCUUAUAUUGGACAAUGUUAUAAAUCUCUGCGCUGCAUUUAACUGCGCAUUGCCGAUUGUAACCGUGUUAUAGACGCGAAGAUUUACUGAAGACACGCACGGCGCUGCUUGUGCAUCACGCAUGCUGAGAUUGAAAGAUAGUUCAGCUUCAUUCAAUCUGGAUCUGGACCCGUCCGAGACCCACAGAAGAUGAUCAGCCCGGCAGCGUGGCGUUCUCGUGGGUGAGAGAGGUUACCGGGCCGGUGCUUUUGUCUUCCGCAUCCCGAGCAGAAGCACGUCCAGGGACAUGUCGUCCCCGUCGCCGGUGCAGAUCCGAGAGGCGAACGCGCACCUGGCCGCGCUGCACAGGCGGGUCUCCGAGCUGGAGCACAGGCUGGAGGAGGCGGAGAACACCGUGCGGGAGCAGGCGGAGAGUCUCAUCCGCAAAGACGAGCAACUGAGAGCGGCCACGCAACAAAUCACGGAGGCCAAGGAUAAAGAGAUUUUCUUCCUCCACGAGAAGCUUUGUCAAUCAGAGGAGUCCAUCCAUAAACUCAACCAAACGAUUAAGGAAAAAGAUUCUCUAAUUGGACAGUUACAACACCGAUGUCAGCUGCUGGACAACAUUUGCAAAAGCCGUCCAUUACUGGACAGCAUGCUGUCCCAGAUGGCCGAGGCGGAGAGAAUGGGGCCUGUCAGAGAUUUGGGGAAGCCCACGACCAACAGCUCUCUCACAGACGGAGAGUCCAACUGCAGUCCCAGCCGCCUCUCCAACCACAAAGACUUCUCACUCAGCGAGGACGACUCUGACGAUCAGGAAUUAGACGGGGUCGUGUUCGGGACCACUGUAUGAGAGCCUCGGUUACACUGGUCCUCGUCUCAGGUUUAGCAGCCUGUGUGUUUUAAUGGUUACAGUUGAUUCAGUGUCUGGUUAUCAUUUGAUAAAAAUAGCCAUUGUAUCGUAAUACAGGUUACUGCAUUGUGAAUGGGAUUCCACUGUAAAGAAAGAAUGCCCGGUCAAUUCUGGCUGAAUCUAUAAGAUAGUGAUACAAGUAUGCCACCUAUCAUUUGGAUUUGUCCCUCAGACCAGUUUUAAUUAGGGUCAGUUUAAUACGGAGUCCCACAUAAAAAAACAACAACCAUGCAUAUCGUUGACACAGAUUCAGAAUUCUUACGUCAGCACAUUUUACCUUGUUUUAAGUAAAUUGUGCGCACUAUAUAA